AUGUCUACAGCCGCUCGCCGUCGUCUCAUGAGAGAUUUCAAGCGUAUGCAAACAGAUCCUCCCGCUGGAGUCUCUGCUUCCCCUGUGGCAGAUAAUGUCAUGACUUGGAAUGCUGUGAUUAUUGGACCAGCGGAUACCCCAUUUGAAGACGGCACCUUUCGACUCGUGAUGCAUUUUGAAGAGCAAUAUCCAAACAAACCGCCAGCGGUCAAAUUCAUCAGCCAGAUGUUCCACCCAAACGUGUACGCUACAGGAGAGCUUUGUCUUGAUAUCCUCCAGAACCGAUGGAGUCCCACGUAUGAUGUUGCGGCGGUUCUUACUAGCAUUCAGAGUCUUCUCAAUGAUCCCAAUACCAGCUCCCCCGCCAACGUCGAAGCCUCCAACCUCUACAAGGACAAUAAAAAGGAAUACACAAAAAGGGUGCGAGAAUCUGUAGAGAAGAGCUGGGAGGAUUGA